CUCUCUACGCUUGUUUUCCCAAACUCAAAGCCCUAGAUAGCAAAAACUGAAGAGUACAAAUCAAACAACUCCAGAAGUUACCUUGACUUUUCAUGGAUUGGGGAUUUGCACAAAAGGUUUGGGAGAAAUGGGCAUCGAACAGUGUAGGUUCAUCAGGUGAACCAUUAAAGGCAGCUUUGUUACUCAACUACGAUCCAACUGGACCUUCUCGUCUCAUGUCCGUCAUAGCAGCUCAGCAAGGAAUCUUGGCAAAGCCAGUCGAAUUGUGUUCGUUUCUUGAAUUCAUUAAACUGAAUAAUCUCCCAGGGGAAAGCUUCUUCAUUGGCUCAAAUGAGUAUAUAGUCACUUCAAUUCAUGAGACCUGGUUUUGUGCGAGGAGUCUGAAUACAUCAAGACCUGCAGGUGAAGGUGCAAUUGUUAUGCAGACAGCAUCGUUUCUCUUGAUUGGAAUGUACGAUGGAUCAAUCGGUGCAGCAUCUCGUGCAAUGGUGGCUGUGGAUCAGUUUUCGUUGCAGCUGAGUCGAAAACAUCAUUAGCCUCAUAGUCGAUAUCACUAUCUCUCAUAUUCAUUCAGCGUAGAAACUUAUUACUUGGAAUGAAGAAUUACACACAGAAAGUCACCAAUUCAAGGUACCCCAGUGGCAGACAUCUUAGUGCAGCUCUAUUCCUUUUUGGGUGCAACCUAUGUUAAGAAAAUCAUGGAUGGUGAGAGAAAGAGCGAACACUGCUGUAUAAAAAAAUGUUUGUAAAGUUUGGCGCUGAACCAUCUAAGCAUUACUGAAACAAUUCCUGAAAGGUAAUUUGUGAAUGUAGGGAAUGUGCGAGGAAAUGAUUUCAGCCUUGUUAUUCUGUUUAAUUUGUAAGCUAAA